AUGGCCGAGCUAAAUGAGAAGCCACAGGUCGACACAGACCAGUCGUCAAACGGCAACGGUCAUCGACAUGGUUUGAAGCCCGCCAACGAAACUGUUGCAGCCCGCAACGAACGAAAAGAAAAAGAUGCCAUCGCCGAUGGCAAGCGCGAACUCAAAGAGGAGGACUGCGAAGACCAGUUGGGAUUUGCCUUCCCAGCGUGGUACAAGUGGUGGAUUCUCACUGUCAUUUUCCUGGUUCAGACUUCGAUGAACUUCAACACUUCUCUAUAUUCCAACGGAUUGGCCGGUAUUUCGGAGCACUUUAAUGUCAGCGAGCAGGCUGCUCGUGUAGGUGCCGCCAUCUUCCUGGUCUUUUAUGCCUUUGGCUGUGAGCUGUGGGCACCCUGGUCAGAGGAGUUUGGUCGCAAGCCGGUUCUUCAGCUAUCACUCUUCUUGGUCAACAUCUGGUGUUUGCCCGUUGCUUUGGCCCCCAACUUUGGCAGUCUUUUGGUCGGACGCGCCCUAGGUGGACUGUCAUCAGCUGGUGGUAGUGUCACUCUUGGUAUGAUUGCCGACCUGUUCGAUUCGGAUCGUCAACAGUAUGCUGUGGCAUUUAUCGUCUUUUCCUCUGUUGGCGGCUCCAUCCUUGGCCCCAUUAUUGGUGGUUUUGUUGAGCAGUACCUUGCUUGGCAAUGGGCCAUCUGGAUCCAGCUCAUCUUUGGUGGAUUUGUCCAGAUCCUCCAUCUGCUCACAGUCCCGGAAACCAGAACGACUAUCAUGUUGGACAAUAUUGCCAAGAAGCGAAGAAAGUCUGGAAUCGACCCCAAUAUAUAUGGGCCCAAUGAGAUUGAAUCUUUCUGGGACCGUUUCACAGUCAAGGAGUUGAUUCACACCUGGCUACGACCCUUCCGCAUGUUUUUGACCGAGCCGAUCGUCCUCACUCUGUCGCUCCUCUCUGGUUUCGCCGAUGCGCUGAUCUUCAUGAUGAUUCAGUCGUUUGCUUUGGUCUACAAGCAGUGGGAUUUCAAUGCAUACCAGAUUGGUCUGGCCUUUAUUCCCAUUGGUUUGGGCUAUGUCAUUGCUUGGUUGUCGUUCAUUCCCGCCAUCAAGCGUAACAAGGCUGCGCGUGCGAGAAACCCAGAAGACGAGCACGCGCAGUACGAAGACCGCUUGAAAUGGCUUCUUUUCACCGCGCCUUGUCUACCCAUUGGCUUGAUUAUCUUUGCUUGGACAAGUUCUGGCCCGCCGCUGCACUGGAUUGGCACCAUGUUUGGAUCUUGUAUUAUUGGCAUUGCCAACUAUGCCAUUUACAUGGCCACCAUUGACUACAUGAUUUGUGCCUAUGGCCCAUACUCGGCAUCAGCGACUGGAGGUAAUGGAUGGGCUCGAGAUUUCCUGGCUGGUGUCUUGACAGUUCCUGCGACCCCAUUUUACUCCAACAUUGGCGCCGAGAAAGGUCGGAAUCUGGAGUAUGCUUCGACCAUCCUCUUUUGUAUUUCCGUCUUGCUGGUGACAGCCGUCUAUGUUAUUUAUUGGAAGGGUCCUGCAUUGCGCAAGCGCUCACCCUUUGCUCAGACGCUUGCAUCUGGCGCUACGGAGGAAGGUGGACGUCGUCUGAGUCUUGUCCGCACCCCUUCAAAUGUCAAGAAGCCCGGCCCAGGAUCGAGGCGCAGUUCGUAUGCUGCCAGCAAUCGAGCAGCUGAUCGAAGCGCCAGUCGUAAUGCCAGCAGAAAUGCCAGCCGUGCCAACAGCUUUGAGGGCACUUCGUCAUCACAGAACCAAACUCCGGGUGCAGCCACACCAACAGUCCAUCCUUCUCGACCAGUUGCUCUCGGUGAUCGAUUUGGUCCUGGUUCAAGGCGUAGCUCAUACUACUCUAGCAAGAACGCCGCUAGCCGGAAUGCUAGUAGGAAUGCAAGCCGAAACGCGAGUCGAGAUAACAGUCGGAGGAACAGUCUGGAAGAUCCGACCACAAUUCCUUCGGGUCACGGGCAUCCAUUGAACGAUCGUUCGGUUCAUUUGUCUACAAUCCCGUCGGUCCAGCAAUGA